CGGGAGGCGCAGCCACCCUGCCCACUCUGCCAUUUACAUUCAGAACUCAAUAUGCACUACCCACUUCUGUGUAACAGUCAACCCCAUGGCUACUCCCACCAGCCAUGCCACAUUUUCAUCGAAGAGGCCGUUUGAUAGCACAUGUUUCCAGUCUUCUACCUAAAGGGACAUGCCGCGGUUGCUCUGGAGUGUUUUUGGCUUGCAGUUUGCCCUUCGUGCCCCGAAGCAUUUUGACAGAACCAAAACUUUCUCCAAGCUUGACGAGCUAAGCUCUCAACCACUUGUGCUGUAGCAAUCAUGGGUGGUGGUGCAUCCAGUGAACACAAGAACAUGAUUGAGGGCAAGUCCCCUGAGGAGAUCGCUGCUGCUUUGAAGGAGCUGCCGCCAGAUCAACUUGCCAAAAUUUGGGCCUGUGUGGACAAAAAAGAUCCAUGCCCUGGCCCUGUGGAUUGCAGCACCAUCACCGUCAUUGCAAAAGACUACAAGGGCAUGUUGGCCCAACCUUCGGCACCCAAGUAUAAGGGAGCUUUAGCUCAGAUUUAUGUCCGAAACCAACCGUAUGGAGGCUCGGACAAGAGCAACAAUGGGCAUCGCUACGAUUCCAUUCCAAUUGUCAAUGGCAUGAUCACGGCUGGAAUGAGCUGCCAGCUGAUCCACUACACGCACGAGGAGCACGACAAGUUCUUCGAACUUUGCAAGAAUUUCGAUUUCAUCAUCGUGCGUUGUAACCCUGGGCAGAUCAAAGCCGAUGGAGGCGACCAACAAAAGUUUGAUGAUGGCAUGCGGGCAUUGAGGAAGGCGGGCAAGCAAGUUUGGCCAUCGCCCGAUGUCAUGGAGAAGAUGGGCGCCAAAGAUGCUUUGUGCAAGGUGGCCACAAUGAACAUUGGUUUGGAGGACACUCUUGCCUACUACAGUCCAGAGGAGUUCGAGGCUGGUUUCAAGAAGACCAUGGCUUUUCAGCCUCGAGUGAUCAAGCAGAACCGUGGCUCCUCUGGAGAAGGAAUUUGGAUCAUUAAGCUAAAGGAUGAGAACUAUUGCAAGGAAUAUGGAGAGAGGUCCUGCGAAGAUGGGGAAAAACUAAUGCUCAUGGAAGCCAAUGACAACCAUGAAGAGGAGCACACCGUUGGUGAGUUCAUCGAGUUUUGCGUGAAAGGCCGUACGGACAAAUCCGGAGAAUGGACAUCCAAGGGAGUGGGCAAGUACUUGGAAGGUGGCAAAGAAGCUGGAGGACAGCUGGUGGAUCAGCGCUUUUGCCCGCGCAUUGUCGAAGGUGAGCUGCGCUACAAUCUCAUCGGUGAUUCGCUGAUCGGCGUCAUCCACAAGAAACCAAAGGAAGGAGGAAUCUCCGCAGUUGGCGGAACAGGUUCGAUCUAUACUUUCUAUGGUCCAGAUGAGCCUCUUUUCAAGAGUUUGACUGACAAUUUCCUCAAGAAAGACCUGCCCCACGUCAUGCCUUCUUUGGACUUGGCCGAUGAGCCGUUGCCGCUUUGGUGGACCACGGACUUCAUCAAUGCAUCGCCACCAGGCACUGCAGCCGAGGAAGAGAAGUGGAUCGUGGGCGAGUUUAAUUGCUCAUGUGUCGGCAUCUCCCGCUGCUUGGCUGCCUACUGCAAGGAUGACACCCCCAAUGCAAGCUGGGAUGAUAUCUCAGAGGAAGACAAGGCCGAAGCCAAAAAGAUGGGCGACUUGAUGGGCGAGAAGGCUUUGGCGAUCCUCUCCAAGUGAGCCUGUUUGAGCCUGAAUUGCUUGGCGUGCUGAAUGUACAGCCUUUGAUCUCACAGAACCUUGCAACGACACAAAGUAGUCGGACUCAAGACUCAUGACUCAUGUUGUAUUUGCAGGAAAAUGUGUGUCAUCGUUGUCAUUGCAGUCAUGCGGCACGGGAUGAUUGGAUGCGCUGGGCCAACUUGGGCCAGAAUGCGUCCUGAGUAAACCGCUGACGUUGGGCG